AUGGUCACCCCCUGCCCCAGCAGCCCGCUGAGCCCCGCCGCCCGACUCGGGAGGCGGGACGACGAACAGAACCUGCGGGCGCCCGUGAAGAAGAGCCGGCGCCCGCGCCUCCGGAGGAAGCAGCCGCUGCAGCCGCUGCAGCCCUGCCAGCUCCCGGGAGACUCGGGCGUCUGCGACCUCUUCGAGUCCCCCAGCUCCGGCUCGGAAGGCGCAGACAGCCCCGCGGCGUCCGCGGCGCGAGCCUGCUGCAGCCGCCUGCCCGGCCCUGCCCAGCCGUUGGUGCAGCUCGACCUCCAGACCUUCCGCGACUACGGUCAGAGCUGCUACGCCUUCCGCAGGGCGCGGGAGAGCCAGUUCCACCCGCGGGAGUCGCUGGCGCGGCAGCCACAAGUAACGGCCGAGUCCCGCUGUAAGCUGCUCAGCUGGCUCAUCCCGGUGCACCGUCAGUUUGGCCUCUCCUUCGAGUCGCUGUGUCUGACCGUGAACACUCUGGACCGCUUCCUUACCACCACACCUGUGGCCGCAGAUUGCUUUCAGCUGCUGGGGGUCACGUCCCUGCUUAUUGCUUGCAAACAGGUGGAGGUGCACCCACCACGUGUUAAGCAGCUGCUAGCCCUCUGCUGUGGUGCCUUCUCCCGUCAGCAGCUCUGCAACCUCGAGUGCAUCGUUCUGCACAAGCUGCACUUCAGCCUGGGCGCACCGACCAUCAGCUUCUUCCUGGAGCAUUUUACGCACGCACGCGUGGAGGCUGGGCAGCUGCGGGUCUCUGAGGCCCUGGACUCUCAGACCCUGGCGCGAGGGGUGGCAGAGUUGAGCCUGGCUGACUACGCCUUCACCAGCUACCCGCCCUCCCUGCUGGCCAUCUGUUGCCUGGCGCUAGCUGACAAGCUGCUGCAGCUCCCGGGCUCCAUGGACUCUCGCCUGAGUGGGCACCCCGAGGAGGCAUUUGAAGACUGCUUGGGCAAGCUGCAGCUGCUCGUGGCCAUAAACGGAACCUCUCUGACUCACAUGCUGCCCCUGCAGAUCUGCCAGAAGUGUCACUUGUCCCCGAGCUUGAAAUAA